AUGACUCUGAACCAGAACAUUUUUGUGUAUGAGGAAGAAAUCCUUUUCAACUUGAUUGACCAUGGGCGUUAUGAAAAAUUGCUAAACAUUCCUGGAAUCGAUGUUUAUGGUGGGAAACCUUUUACGCUUCGGAUCUAUUGCAGCUUGGAUUUUCCGAAUCAUUGCAUGCAUGGGUGGAUUUCUUACAGCUGGUGUCAUUUGAAACAGAGCAGUGGUUGUAUUGGAUGCUGUACUAAGCCGAAAUUGAUUUCUGCACGUAAUGAGCCCUUGCAAGGUCCGAAACAUCACACUUUGACGGCUUCAAAACCUAACAUAUCUGAGGAUUUCUGGACUACCAGCGCGUGUGAGAUGGAUAAUAGCGCAGUUCAGUCAUUUGGAAGCAUCUCGCCAAUAAGUUCAUCAACACAAAUUUAUGAUGCUAGCAGUUCGAACAACCCUUCUGAAUAUAUAAAUCAUGGUCUUCUUCUCUGGAACCAAACUAGACAGAAAUGGAUAGGAAAUAAGAAGUCAGAGAAAUUGCCGCAGAAGCAUCAUGAACCCAGGUUGAGUUGGAAUGCAACCUAUGAUAGUUUGCUCAGCAGCAACAAGCCAUUCCCCAAGCCGAUUCCUCUGGCUGAAAUGGUAGAUUUUUUAGUUGACAUUUGGGAGCAAGAAGGGCUGUAUGAUUGAUAUAGUAUAAGCAGUAGAUUUUGAUUGUCGGCCGGAUAGUAGGACUCAACGCUGCUGUUGUAAAAUGUUUAAAGUUACUUCUUAAGAAUGGAUGAUUGCACAUAAAUGGCAUGUUUGGUAUGCUCAACUCGAUAGCACUGAAUAAGAAUAAGAAAUUGAAAUUUUGUCCAUUGUACUGUGCAGUGCCGUCUAAUGUGUACCAAAGAUACCAGAAAUGUACUGUGAAUCGAAUAUAAGUGUGGCAUGAUGCCUUUUCAGUCGUGCACAUUCAUCACAAGUUAUCGUGUUCAAUACUUUAUAAUAUAUAAUAGAACUCAUUGCCUUUGCCAGUCUUGGCAAUGGAUCUUUUCACUUUU